UAUAAACUACACCAAUUCCUCCUCGUCCUCCUCGUACUCUUCCCAUCAACACCACACAUUGACAAUAGCUUGCUGGCAUUACUAAUAAAACCAUCCACAAUACCCUUGGGUUCCUGGAGUCUCUUAUUUUAUUCCGGUGAUUGUAUUGUUUUUCGCGCGUUGAAUUGGUAGAACACCAGAUCUAGACUGAUUGGGAGCGUCAUCUGUCUAAAAGACGACCGGCUCGAACCAAAUAUUGAAGAUGAUAUCUUACGACGAAGUGUGGUUUUGCUGUCACUGCGCAAAUGGGUUUAUGCUGGCCUGCCAUAAUACUUACUGCUCCAACUGUGGUAGAAGAAGAUGCGGCCAUUGCAUCAUCACCAUCAUCGGGCCAGAAGAAACGUCGAAACCAAUACCAACAAAGUAUACACCAACAAAAUAUUCAGUGUCUCGGAUGAAGAAUGAUCAGACUAAUCCUCAACUUUCGAACCCUCCUACUAUUCUUAAAACUGUCCAAAAGGGAAACUUGGGGGAGAAAUCCCUACCCCCACCCAACUCUUUGUCUCCCGAUGCGCCCCUUCAUCUGUCUGAUUCAACAUCGUUCAUGAUAUAUAAAUGGCUGGGGUCACUGCAGAAAGAGAGUUACUAUGAAAUUAUUGCCCAAGCAUGCGAAAACGCUUUGCAAGAUCAGAUGAAGAAUGCAGGGGAUAAAACAUCGAAAACUACUUCCACGACACCUAUAUCUACAAAACCUACAGAAUCUCAAACUAGACAACAUAAAAGAAAAAUUCGAAAAAUUUCUGGCGGUAUCGAUGAGAAUUUGGGAACCCCGUCCGUUGAAACCGAAAAUUCAUUAAAAGAAGCCCAGAAACCACCUAAGUUCGCUUGCCACUUCUACAAAAUGAACCAGUAUUUGUAUUCCUCCUGUGGAAAUACCGGCUUCCGUCAACUAUGUCAUCUAUCGGAGCACUUGCGGAAGAAGCACUGCCUGAAACAGCAUUCUUGUGGCGUGUGUUGGCGGCCAUUCGACAGUGUCGAGGGACUCCAGGCACAUAUCGACAAUGCCAGUGACAAUACCUGUCGAGCCACAGGGGGUAUACCCAUAAACGAGUUGAUAAUUCCCAGAAAGCACAUGGGCGAUGACGACAAAUGGGACUGGAUUUGGGAUAAUCUUUUCCGGCUGUUCCCUAGGCCUAAGUCGCGUUACUGGGAACCUCUGGAUCACAAUGAGCAGCUAUUCAUGAACUUUAGACACUUCAUGUCCAAGCAGCUUGCCCAGGUGCUAUCACCUACUGAACGCAGGGUCGUCAUGGACAAGUUUACGCGCUUUUGUGAGAACUGGGUGGCGAACCCCCCCGAGCCUGGCCACGUCAUGCAAUUCGACGACGAUGAUGAUGAUCAUAAUAGCAAUAGAAAACUCAGCCGCCGAGCUCCUCCAUCACAUGAUAAAAGCAGCACUAACCAAGGAAGCUCGCUCUCUAACAUUCCAGAAAUCCGGGUUGGAUAUUCGAUAAUAGACCCCUCGCAUCUACCUAACGAUUUCCAAGACAAUAAUGUGCACCAGGAGUCACCUGGCGCAAUCAUGUCGCUUCCCUCGAAUGUCGGCUUGGACGCAGAGAGGCUGCAGGAUCACGAGGGUGAUUUCUUCCCCCCGCAGUUUGUUAGCCCUGGCGAAUACUCGAUUCCGCGUGGGGGUCCGAGUUUGUUUGAUUGAUCAUCACGAAAUAUACCCUAUGUUAGGUACAUGUAGGUAUUAGGUGCAAGUUAUGGAUCUGGAAAGAGGGUAGAUAGAAGUGAGGACAAUGACUGUGAUCAAUUGCAAAGCAUUUGCAUCAAAAUCUGCGUGGUGGGUGCCCAAUAGUAAGAGGCGUUGGGAGUUGAUGGAUUGGAUUUGGGUCAGCACGCUAUCGGCACGGAACAAUGAUUGUGGUGUUUAGGGAACGGCUUUUAUUUGGAUCGAAAGCUGAAAUAGGUACCUAGGUAUCUAUAAUUAUUAUAUUCUGGAAGUUACUGUGAAUAUGAUAAUACAUGUAUCAUAGAGGUAUUACCUAUAUAUAACCCCCAGUCUGUGUGUUUCCGAGAUCCCCAC